AUGUCUUAGUUGUAGCCCAAUUUAUUUAUUGAGAAUGCUAUUAGAGAUUGUGUGCUAGUGUUUAGUUGGGAUGAAGUUUUAGAAAUGAGAUUACUUUGUUCUAAGAAAAUCUAUUCGAAUAUUUAUUUUAGAAAAUUAUCAGUAAAGAGAUACACAGUCUAUAAGAAAAAUAAAAAAUUAAAUAAUUUAGAUAUAAUUCAUUGUAUAAUUAUAAAUAUUUUAAGCACAUCAUCGAAAUCCUGAAUAGCCAAAAGAAACUACAGGAUUCAUAAUUAUUAUCCUUAAGGAUGGAAGGAUUUUUAUCUUGA